CCUUCGACGGCCAACAGAAACCAGGCGGCAAUUCUUUACUUCGCGUAAAAAACUGCCCGCCAUCAAAGACAGCCUGCUCUGUGACAGUGGACAAAUGGCUAGUUGCAGCUCUCAGAGCCUCGGAGGCGCCCUGCUCUUCUUAGGAUGGCACCUAGUUCAAACAACUCUUAGUACAACAGUAAUUCCAUUAUGUGGCAUCAAUAAGACUGAAAACUGUGUAACUACUGUAGGAACUGCUGUACCUAUAACUCAGGUGGCAAGAGAGUCGGAAUGCAAGCCAGAAUGGCAAAGUUACUGUUUCAAUGGAAUUUGCAGAUACUCAGAGACUUUGGACCGAUAUUAUUGCAGGUGUAAGGAAGGCUGGAUUGGUGAACGAUGUAGCCAUUCAAAUCUGAAUCCGGUCAUAAAACCCCUGAGCAAUGAAUACUUGGCAUUUACUAUCCUUGUGUGUCUAUUUUUCUUCAGUGCAAUUUUAUUAUCAAUAUACUUUUACCGAAGGUAUCUAAAGAAGAAGGAGAGACUUGCUACAAACAAAAACUAUAAAGAGGUUGCUACAGAUAGUGAAAAAGAACAUAAUCUUCUUCAUGUGUGAAAUAAAGAUUCAUUCAGAAUCCAUUUAUUUAAUAAUAUAAACACAAAUAUUUUAUUAAUAUUUAUAAGUGAAAGAAUUUCAAAGUUUUGAUCAGAGAAGAAUAUAUGUAGAAGCACUAUUUUUAUAAAUAUCAUUUAUAUUUGUAUUUUAUUUUUUAUUCAAUGCUAUGUCUGUGGAAUGUUUUCAUAAUGUAAUUCAGUGAUGUCUUGCAUUCAUACCUGUGAACUGUUACAUGUGAAUUCAUGUAAAAUUUAUUUUGUCAUGGUUAUAUUUAAUGCACAACAAAAUAUUAAAUAUUGCUGUUUGUUCACUGGAAGAAAGGUUUUAAUUGGAAAAGAUUAGAAGGAAUCUUCAUUGGUUAUAAAGAUGAAAUCUUACUAAUCAUUCUAAUUAACUGUUUCCUUAGAAAUAAGAACAGAAAAUGUCAUAUUGUAAA